AUGCUAAACGACCUGAUUGCCGAGUACCCGACGGCACCCAAGGAAAAAUUGGAAAAUGUGUUGUCCUGCGCCUACGCUCUGGCGUCGCCAGAGUCCAGCGAAUUGGGCUUGCACGAUUUCCCUAUAGAAAAAGUGCCCAUUGUCGCCAAACUAAUCUACAACAACCCAUCCGUGUCGCCAAAUAAUGUGCUGAAACGACUCUAUCCAUACGAAAGUUUCAUGAACCCGGACGGUAAAAGAUCCGUUAACGGCAUAUUGUCGUCUUUCUGUCCCGAAAAUGGAGACGAAGCGAUCAAUCGUCAUGUCACGUCCGUUGGAAGACCGGACAACCAGAACGAGGCCGAAGUCCUUCUAGACAAUUCCAAACGUUUUAAGGUCCCUUCCGGAAACGCGACUUCCAUAAACGUCGCUGCAGUAUUUCCGGAAUUCGUAGACACAAAUUAUCAAAACGCUGUACUGUCGGAUCUCGCCCUCAGUCAUUCGGCAGCCGACAUAUGCAUCAUUGGACCAAGAGGCAGUGGAAAGACGGCAAUCGUGAAUAGGUUUGCGACCACAUUUCACUACAACGUGGAAACCGUUUCCCUGUAUCAGGAUUUGACGGCAAGAGAUUUAAUCCAACAAAGAACCACACUACCAAACGGCGACACUGUUUGGAAGUACAGUCCGUUAGUGGUUGCUGCCAUCGAGGGAAAAUUAGCCGUCCUUGAUGGUCUUCAUAGACUACAUUUGUCAACAUUGUCUGUUUUACACAGACUUAUUCAAGAUCGAGAUCUUCAACUUCAUGAUGGCACUAGAUUGUUAAGAUCAGAUAGAUAUGACAAACUGGCAAAAAAGUUAGGAGUAGAUGUUAUGGACAAAUCAAAUAUUAUUCGGGUACAUCCAGCUUUCAGAAUUAUGGCACUUGCAGAACCACCUGGUGGCACCAUUCCACAGUGGAUCACUCCGGAAGUACUAAACAUGUUCAUAUUUCAUGAGCUUAGACCUUUGUCCGCUGUUGAAGAAUUGAAAAUUGUACAACAUCUUUAUCCAAAUAGUGUAAAACCAAUGAAAAGAUUAGUGGCUGUUACGAAAAAACUUCGAGAAUCAUCUGAUAUUUACUUGAAUUCUUUGGCUCCAUCUUUAUCUACACGUCAAUUGUUACGAAUCUCAAAAAGACUUGAUAAAUAUCCUGAUUCAGACUUUUACAGUAUUGUAAACAAAGCUUGUUUAUCUCAAUUUUUACCACAACUAACAAAACAAAUGCUCGAAAAAACAUUGUACAGUUGCAGUAUUCAACCAAUAUCUGAAAAUGUAGAGGACUCUUCAAUAAACUGUAAAUAUGACGAUGACUACUUAACUAUUGGUAAUACAACUAUUGCUCGAUAUAAAACUAGCGCAUCUAGUAAAGUUCCAAAUAUUUUAUUCUACGAUUUACCUCAACAUCUGAAACAACUAGAACUAAUGCUACAAGACUUUGUUUUGGGAGAACAUCUUUUGUUAGUUGGAAACCAAGGCGUUGGUAAAAACAAACUGGUUGACCGAUUUUUACAACUAGUAAAUAGGCCUAGAGAAUACAUUCAACUCCAUAGGGAUACGACAGUACAAUCACUGACUAGUCAACAAACAGUAAUUGAUGGUGUUUUGCAAAUUGAAGAUUCGCCAUUAGUCAAAGCUGUUAAGAAUGGUUACGUUUUAGUUAUAGACGAAGCAGACAAAGCUCCAGCUCAUGUGACGUGUGUAUUGAAAAAUCUCGUAGAAACUGGCAACAUGAGACUUGCUGAUGGUAGACAAAUUAUUAGUAAUGCUAAUAUUGUAAAUGAUGACAGUAUGAUUGUACUUCAUCCAGACUUUCGAAUGAUAGUCUUAGCAAAUCGCCCAGGAUUUCCAUUUUUGGGAAAUAACCUAUUCAGCACACUUGGUGAUGUAUUCAGUUGUCACAUUGUUGAUAAUCCUAGCCGUGAAUCUGAAACACAGUUGUUGAAAAGUUAUGGUCCCGAUGUUUCUGUAGAAGUUAUUGAUCAAGUAAUUGCUGCUUUUGGAGAUCUGAGACAGCUGUUCGAUCAAAACUUAGUCUCGUACCCAUAUUCAACUAGAGAAGCAGUUAAUAUAAUUAAACAUUUACAAAUUUAUCCUCAAGAUACAUUAUUAGAUGCCAUCAGAAAUGUAUUUGAUUUUGACUGCUAUUCCAAAGAAGCGCAAGAAGUAAUCACAAAUGUUCUCAACAAACAUAAAUUACCAAUAAAACUAUCACCUUGGGCAGGUCCAACUCAAAAAAAAAAUCUACAAAUCACUGUGGAAAAAGAAAGUGGUCUUGAUGUUUCUAGCCCAAAACACGGUAAAGUGGAUGAAAAAAACGAACCUCAUGUAGGUGGAAAUACUUGGGCUGGUGGUACUGGCGGCAGGGAUACAGCUGGACUAGGUGGAAAGGGUGGUCCUUAUAGGCUAGAUGCUAAACAUAAAGUUUUUCAAGUGUCUGACGCAGAGAAAGACGCAGUACCAGAACAUGUCAAAGAAGCAGCAAGACAAAUGGGUCAAAAGGCAUACAAGGAACGUCUCAAAGAAAUAGAAAUGACUGAGUAUGAUGACAAAGUAUACAAUGAAUACUCUUUACCAGUAAAAAACCAAGUACAAGCAUUGAGAGUGAUAUUGAAUUCAUUACAAGCCAAAUCCCAAGAAAGACAAUGGGUUAGGCAUCAAACAUCUGGUGAACUGGAUGAUAGUAAAUUAAUAGAAGGUGUUAUUGGCGAACGUUCUAUUUAUCGGAAACGGGGAAAUGUUGACCCACAGAUUGGAGCUCCUCAGUUAAAACCAAAACGUUUACGGUUUAUUGUAGAUGUUUCUGGUAGUAUGUAUAGAUUCAACAACUAUGAUGGACGUUUAGACCGUGAACUUGAAGCUGUCAUAAUGGUGAUGGAAGCUCUUAGUGGUUUUGAAGACAAAAUUAGUUAUGAUAUUGUAGGACAUUCAGGCGAGACAGAAUGCCUUAAGUUUGUAGAUAAAUCAAAUCCGCCCACUGAUAACAAGCGACGACUAGAUGUUAUUAAAAAGAUGCAUGCUCAUACUCAAUUCUGUAUGGCUGGAGAUAAUACUCUUCAAUCUGUUAUAUAUGCACAAAAAACCUUAGAAGCUGAGCGCACUGAUUUUGAUGAAGCUAUAAUUAUACUAUUAUCAGAUGCUAACUUAUCUCGCUAUAAUAUAAGACCUGAUAGAUUGGCUGCAGCACUAAAUUUGAGUGAAGACGUUCAAUCUUUUGCAAUUUUCAUUGGAUCACUUGGUGAUCAAGCAGACAUGUUAACUAAAAGCUUACCAGCUGGGAAAAGUUUUGUAUGCAUGGACCUCAAAAACAUCCCACAAAUCAUUCAACAAAUUUUCAUGUCUUCUAUUAUGAGUGUUUUUUAA